AUGGGGCGCUCCGCAUCACAAGUAUUACAGGACGACUCAACCCUUACCUCCGUUAAGAUAUGGGGUAAGAGAAGUAUAAUGAAGUGUCGCCUCAGAUGUGCCUAUUCUUGUCUGGAUUUAGCGCAAGGUAUCAAACAGUUGGGCCGAUCCUCCAAAGUGUCCGACAAAUCCAAUACAAGCGACACAUUUAUUACCGAAAAACUCAAAACGAGUAACACUUUAAAAGUGCAUAAAUGGCAUCUCUGGAGACGAUUCUUUCGGCUCCGGGACGACGAUGUGAUGACUCGCAAAGAGACUAAAUUGACUGCAAAGAAGACAACAGUUCAGAGACGAAACGCCGGCCUAUUUGUGACCGACUAUGAAGAGGAACAGACGGUCGGCGCUAAGAUUGUGGACAAAGAAUCGCUGGAAUUGUGUGACUUAGAAGACAGCGGACAUCACUCUAUGAACGCUAAGGACACCAAAGAUGGCAAAUGA